CCAGAUGUUCCUGGCCUCGGGUUAGGGACCAGCAGCACCAGAACCCAUCUCUCUGAUUCUGAAGCCUCUUUGUACUCCUGCCUACGUUAUAUCACAGCCCUGGGAAAACGGAUGACUUUUAGUUACUAGAAAAGGAAGAAAAGUUUCCGUAAUUUUAAAAACGGAGUUUUACAAGUGGCUUAAGAGGCAUGCCUUGCAAGGUGAAGAAUUACUCCUGGGGUGGCAGCCGUACAUAAUUAUCUGUACACCCCAUCUAACUUGGGUUAUAUAUUCUUUUCCACCCAAGAUCACAUUUUAUUAACACUGCUAAGUAAAGAUUUGUAGUGUUCUGAUGAUUAAUGUAUUAUAUCAACUUAACUGGGCCACAGGGUGCCCAGACAUUUGGUCAAACGUUAUUGUGGGUGUUUCUGUUGAGAGAGCUUCCAGAUGAAGUUAACACUUGGACAGACAGUCUGAGAGAAGCAGCUGUCCUUCCUAAUCAGGGUGGGCCUCAUCCAAUCAGUGGAAGAUCUGGAUAGGACAAAACUCCUGAGUGAGAUGAACCUUCCCUGCAUGCUGAGUUGAGACCAUCACUGCUGCCUUUGGACUCAAAGUGAAAAAGUCAGCUAUUCCCAGCUCUCGAGGCUGCCAGCUUGCAGACAAGUGUACACCACCAGCUGUCCUGGGUCUCCAGAGAGCCAACUGCUGAUCCUGGGACCUCCACAAUUCUUUCUAAGAACAAAUUGAAUUGACUAUGGAUAAUUCAUAUUAUCUCAACCAACGAAAAUCAUGUAAUGGACUUCCCUCUGAGAAGAAAAACAACUUCCUUGUGUCUGAAGAUCAUGGACAGAAAAUCUUAAGUGUUCUACAGAAUUUUAGAGAACAAAAUGUCUUUUUUGAUUUCAAAAUAAUCAUGAAAGAUGAAACAAUCCCAUGUCAUCGUUGUGUCUUAGCAGCAUGCAGUGACUUCUUCAGGGCCAUGUUUGAAGUGAACAUGAAAGAGCGAGACGGUGGGAGCGUCACCAUCACUAAUCUGUCCUCGAAAGCAGUAAGAGCAUUUCUGGAUUACGCCUACACGGGGAAAACCAAGAUAACGGAUGACAAUGUGGAAAUGUUCUUCCAGUUGUCAUCGUUUCUUCAAGUUUCCUUCCUAUCCAAAGCUUGCAGUGACUUCUUAAUAAAAAGCAUUAACCUUGUCAACUGUCUGCGGUUACUGUCUCUCUCAGACAGCUACGGCUCUCCCCGCCUGUUUGAGCACGCGCUGUCCUUCGUGCAGCACCACUUCUCCUUACUGUUUAAGUCCACUGAUUUCCUCGACAUGAACUUUGGAGUAUUGCAGAAAUGUCUGGAAUCCGACGAACUCAAUGUCCCCGAAGAAGAGACUGUACUGAAGGUUGUCCUUAGCUGGACCAAACAUAACCUAGAAUCAAGGCAAAAGCAUCUGCCUUAUUUGAUUAAAAAGGUAAGAUUACAUCAGUUAUCUGAGGAGACCCUUCAAAACUGUCUGCUCAACGAAGAGUGUUUACUCAAAAGUACAAACUGUUUUGAUGUAAUCAUGGAUGCUGUUAAGUGUGUGCAAGGUUCUGGUGGACUCUUCCCUGAUGCUCGACCAUCCACAACCGAAAAAUACAUAUUUGUUCACAAAACUGAGGAAAACGGCGGAGACCAGUAUACCUUUUGCUACAAUAUAAACAGUGACUCGUGGAAAGUGCUGCCCCAGUCACACCUGAUUGACUUGCCAGGGUCUAGUCUGUCUAGUUACGGGGAGAAGAUAUUCCUGACAGGCGGGUGCAAAGGGCCAUGCUGCAGAACGGUUCGGCUUCAUAUCGCAGAGUCCUAUCAUGAUGCGACCGACCAAACCUGGUGCUACUGUCCGGUGAAAAAUGAUUUCUUUCUGGUAUCGGCUAUGAAGACACCAAGAACCAUGCAUACAUCAGUUCUGGCUCUCAACAGAUUAUUUGUCAUAGGUGGAAAGACGAAAGGGUCUCAGGACAUUAGAAGUCUCUUAGAUGUGGAGUCUUACGACCCUCUUUCUAAAGAAUGGAUGUCUGUCAGCCCGUUACCCAGGGGCAUAUACUAUCCUGAAGCGAGCACAUGCCAAAAUGUCAUUUAUGUUCUUGGGUCAGAGGUAGAGAUUACAGAUGCCUUUAACCCAUCACUUGAUUGCUUUUUCAAAUACAAUGUGACCACUGAUCAGUGGUCUGAACUAGUAGCAGAGUUUGGGCAGUUUUUUCAUGCAACACUAAUUAAAGCUGUCCCAGUAAACUGCACACUGUACAUAUGUGACCUUUCCACCUAUAAGGUUUACAGUUUUUGUCCAGAUACUUGUGUUUGGAAAGGUGAAGGCUCUUUUGAAUGUGCAGGUUUUAAUGCAGGCGCAGUUGGAAUUGAAGACAAAAUUUAUAUCUUAGGUGGUGAUUACGCACCAGAUGAAAUCACAGAUGAAGUGCAAGUCUACCACAGCAGCAGAUCUGAGUGGGAGGAAGUCUCGCCCAUGCCAAGAGCCUUAACGGAAUUUUACUGCCAGGUGAUUCAGUUUAAUAAAUACAGAGACCCAUGGUUUUCUAAUCAUUUCUGAAAGGAGUAUGUGCUUAGAAAUUCUAAAACUAGCCCAGUUCUAGAAGCCUCCCAUGUAUCUGUUAACCUUAAAUAGCUGGUAAAAAGGUCUUUACCUCUUAGUAGAAUAAAAUGUACCUUCUCUUAGAGAAUUACUAUGAAUGUACAGCAUAUAUGACUUAGCAGUUGCUGGAAACUUAAAAUACAAAAUACAUUUACCAAAAACUAUAUCAAAUAUAAUUUAAUCCUGGAGAAUCCAGAAUAUUUAGUAUGUUCAUAUGUAAAUAAGACUCACAGGUAUGGAUGUCUUGAUUUUUAGAGUAAUUUAUCCGUGAAAGAAUAGUAAGAACAAAUCAAUGUUCACAGACUUGUACUACUUAGGGCAGAUCUCUGUAGGUAGUGAGAGUGAAUUAUUUGCACAGUAUUUUAUAUGAAGUGAAAAUUAAAUUAGAAAGAGGUGAGAAGCCUACCUUGUUAUUACAGGCCUAAGAGUGGCUGAAUUCCUAUCCUUUCUGAUCACUGCUUAGCUUCUUUAAGCCUUUCUUCCUUUUUUCAUUAUCAUUUUUUUGGUCAGAAUUUUUCCUAAAAUGCAUUGUAUUUCCUAGCCUUCUAAACUGUGUCCUAAACAUGGCCUUUUUUAUGAUUCAGCUCUUCAUUAGGAGCAUAACGUACCAUGUUAUAAUGCCAUAAUGCCAUAAUGCCACGGGCAAUUACCGGAAUGCUUUUAAAAUUGCUGGUUCUGGCAGUGCUAGCUGCUUCUGAUUUCUGAAGUAGCAUAUCUUAUUUUCGGGCUCAAGCUCAGUAAAUGAACAUUCUUGAUUUAAUUAUCAGUUCUAAGUUACACCCGCUCUGAGUCUAUCUGUGCAUGUAACCCACUGAGUGAUGUUUUUGGAUUCUGGGAUGGUAGCCCUAACGUACUUUUCCUGUAUCCUUGCCAUAUUCCAGCAUAAUUGAGGUAAGUGUAUCAUUACGUUGCAUUUCUUAAAUUGUUAAAUGUCCAAAUUUGAGUUGUAGGAAGAAAUUUCCGUUCAAAUUAGAACUGUAUCAAUUCCCCUUGAUGAUAUAUCCCAACUAUAAAGCAUCGUGUUGGUUCACUAUUUUCAUAAAUUAUUCAUAGUGAAUUAUUUUCUAAAUUUAAAAAAAUGACUAGGCUUUGAUAUUGAUCGUAUUCACAACCUGUAUCUGUUGAGAUGUUUAAUCACCUGUAACCCAAGCAAAGAAAGAGUAUCAAUUAUCCUUGCUGUCAGGUGCGAGAAGUUUGUGUUGCAAGAGAAUACGUUUCUUUCCUACAUUUAAAAGAUACACCCAUAUUAGGUUUUAAAAGUGGAGAUAUGCCUGAAUGAAGGUCCUUUAAUUAUACCAUAUACAUUUAUUGUAUAAGCUUCACAUCUAUUUUUCCAAAAUAGAACAGGAUAUUAGACUACAUUACCAUACAAUUCCAGAAUCAGAGACUAUCCCUAAUCAGAUUACAGUUGCCUAAGAAGUAUUCUCUCAGGUUGGUGGUCUUCCUUCCUAAGUUGGCUCUGCCCUGUAUGUAUGCAUGUGUGUGUGUGUGUGUGUAAGAAAAAAAAGAGAAAAUUCAAUGACUGGUUUUGUUGUGUCUAUUUGUGGCACUGGAAACAAAUGAUUUAAGCAAGACCAUACCACAGUGGAUGACCUAUAGGUGGGUUGACUGAACUAUUGAUUUUAAGCAUAUAUAAAUAAUUAAAGUGGGUUUAAAAUAAAUAAUUGUUUUAAUUACUGACUCUAGGAAAUGUUCAUCCUUUCCAGAAAGGAGAAACUAAAGGGAAACAAUCCCUUCCUCAUCUUGUUUCAUUAUUGGGUCAUCCUGACGUCCGCGCAUCUUCUCAU